AUGGGAAUCUGGGGAGUCAAUGUAUUGGCAGAUUACAUUGACCUCAGAUUUGUCAAGAAGGCCCUGCCGCCGCAACCCUGGGAAGAAGGCAAGAAUGGCUUCCGCCGGAGCCAAUCCUCUAACAACGUCUUCCAGUUCCAAGACGAGCAUCGAGACCUCCUGGGUCGACCCGUCUGGCACUGGCCACAAGAGAAUGAAUCCACCCAGGGCAGCGCUCACGGGCACGGAGAGAAGCCUCCGCAGGCCAAAAACCUGGUGCCACUGAAGGCCUUGAGCGAUGUCUUUGUAACCAAGGACAAGGAGUUAUUGAAGAAGAUCUUCGGAGUUACCAUGAUGACUCAAUACGAGGCUAUGAAGGAGAUUUUGUUGGCGGGUGAUACCAACCGACUGGUGGCCGAAUUGACCUUUGUCCGCAUCAACGAUUUGGUGGCGCCCCCCGAGAAGAUCCAUCCGUUGAUCUUUAUUGAACCCUUCGUAGCGAUUCUGAUUGUGGCCAAUGGCAUCAUGAUUGGCUUCCAAACAGAUCCCCAGUAUGAGAACUGGACCGGCUGGAUCUACCUGGAGGUGAUCUUCGCUGUGGUGCUAAUUCUGGAGGUCGUUCUCAGGAUCCAUCUUUCAGGACUCAAGGGCUAUUUCUUGGGAGCUGAUUAUGCCUGGAACUAUUUCGAUCUGUUUCUUCUUCUCACUGGUCUUACUGAUAUCGUGGUGGAGAUCGCUGUGCAGUCCCGAUCCGACAUGUUCAGCGCCUCCUUACUCCGCUUCUGUCGCCUGGUGCGAGUGGUGAAGGUCUUCCGAGUGAAGUACAUGAAGGAGCUGCGGCUCAUGGUGAAAGGCCUAGUGGGCGGUUUUCGAACGCUCUUCCUGUCCUUCGCUUUGCUCUUCGCAGGGCUUUACGUGAUCGCGGGCUUCGCCACAAUGACCAUCGGCCGCGAUCAGUUGGUGAAAGAGUUGGGGCUGGCAGCGCAUUUCGAGAACAUCCCCGCGUCCAUGUUCACUGCGUUUCGAUGUUUCUCUGGUGAGUGCUUUGCAGAGUCAGGACAGCCGAUUGCUGCGGUUCUGGCACAUAGUCAUGGCACUGCCUUUGUGAUGUGCUAUACUGCCAGCUACAUUUUUGUUUCCCUAGGCAUCUACAAUGUCAUCUUGGCGGUCUAUGUAGACAUCACCAUGCGGGCCGCCAAGGAGAGCGAAGCGGUGACUGCGGAGCAGCACAGUCGCGAAUCCAUCCGAAUUGCGCGCACCACACGUGAACUUCUGAAAAAGUUCGCUGCGGCCUACCGCAUGUUCUCGGAUAUGGACGAACCCGUGUCGCGGCAGGAUGGUCGCUCCGGUGCGCGGAUCGACUUCAAACCCAUGGAGAGCAGCUUCACCGAUGAAGACAUCCAUGAACACAUUGCCACCUGGGCUUUUUCGGGUCGGGCGCCAAAAGAUUGGAGGAAUCAGUUGGAAAAAAAAUCACGGGAAAAUAAGUUUGGAAGCCAAAAUCCAAUAAAUCAUUUCGGAACUCCCUAUUCUUUUAUCAUUUUUUGCGAUACUCAAGUGGUGGGGCAACGCAAUGGUGAGCUAGGCCCAGUUAUAUAA